AGUAAUGACAACCAUCUUUCGGCUGCAAUGGCGUUUGCUGCGACAGCACUUUCCGGCAGCGGGGAAACGGAGGAGAAAGCAACGACAGGCGUUGGAAGUAAAGACAAAAUUGUUUCGGAAACCCUCGGAUGUAUACAAUUAUCGCCUAAGUGAAGUGAGCUUUGUUUGUAAACCCGUUGACGAAACUAUAUUUAGAGCUUUUUUUUCUAACGUGCAUUGCCCCCUUGAUGAGGUGGGAUGGCUGCAGUGCCGACUGGGCCUAGCAGCGCAUUGCCAGCAUCCCCGGCUGAAAUUUCUCCCUUCCCCGGGGAAGGGGAGCAGCCCGGCUGCGGUUGGGAGGGCUCUAUAACACGACAGGAGCAGCGGGUCAGCGAGGACAAACGGACAAGUAAGAAAAAACAGAAAAACAUGCUAUCGCAUGCUAACCCGGCUGCGCUACACCUCAAAACGCAGGCCCCACAGGAACAGCAGCUGAACGGGUUGGUCAGUCCGUCUGAAGACGGUGAGAUCUACAACCACACAACGGAAAACCGAUCCGACAGUCCGAGACCGUCCAUGGAGCUCUGUGACAGCAGCAGUUUUGGAGACGACCCGAGUGACAAAAAUAAUAGCGACCAUUGCUGGCAACAUGAGGACCACAGUCCGUGUUCGAAAGGCAGCCGCCACCCUCACUUGAACAACAAUGGCAUGAACGGUAUGUUGACUAUCACAAGAACUGAGGCUUUCCAAAGCCACACUGUAACCGGACACAGCCCCGGUGGUAACGUUAGGAAAAGGGAAUGUGACCCCACAGAAGCCCCUCGACCACCGAGCCAGCAGCCCCCAGACUGCGAAGGCCUUGGCGAGCACCGGGCUGGAGUAGAAAGUGAACCCGACGUCAUACACCAGCCGCCGGUGUCAGAAUUAGCGAGGCUGGAUCUGAACUGUUCGCCUGACCGAGAAGCGGAAGAGAGCCAGGGGAUUCAUUAUGUCCGCUACGAGUCCGAGUUACAGAUGCCAGGAAUCAUGAGGUUGAUCACCAAGGACUUGUCUGAGCCGUAUUCCAUUUAUACCUAUAGGUACUUCAUCCACAACUGGCCUCAGCUCUGCUUUCUGGCCAUGGUGGAGCAGGAGUGUGUGGGGGCCAUUGUCUGUAAGCUGGACAUGCACAAGAAGAUGUUUCGUCGUGGAUACAUCGCCAUGCUGGCUGUAGACUCAAAACACCGGAGGAAAAGCAUUGGUACUAACCUGGUGAAGAAGGCCAUCUAUGCCAUGGUGGAGGGGGAUUGUGAUGAGGUGGUUCUGGAGACUGAGAUCACUAACAAGUCAGCUCUAAAGUUGUACGAGAACCUUGGUUUUGUCCGAGACAAACGGCUCUUCAGAUAUUACCUGAACGGUGUGGACGCACUGAGGCUCAAACUGUGGCUCCGCUAGAGAGAGGAGAAGGAGCAUGACAGGUGCUGCCCUCUUACUGAAGCAGCUCCAGUCUCACUCUCAACCCUGCCCUGGUCCCUUGUCUCACGUGUGUGUGUGUGUGUGUGUGUGUGUGUGUGUGUGUGUGUGUGUGUGUGUGUGUGUGUGUGUGUGUGUGUGUGUGUGUACAUACAUACACACACCCAUAUAUAUAUACAGUUACACACCCACGCACAGUCAUACACCCAUAUGCACACACACAUCGUCAUACACCCACAAGCAUAGAUUCACCUACAUUUGCAUAUACAUAGACACAUGCACACUACUCAUACACAGUACACACACAGUACAUACAACCCUCCCUUUUUGAUCCUUGACAUCUUGGAAAACAGCUCAAGGCUAAACUGGACAGACAGACAGAAAUCCCACAAUGUUUUAAUGAAGAGGCCCUUGCCCUGUUAGCUGUAGGAUCCUGUGAGAGGGGGAAGGAAGAGGAGUGUGUGAUGUGGUCUGGUGACCUUUAACCUCAGAACAUUGCCCUCCCCCUUCCAACGGAGCAGUAUCUAAGGCAUGAUCUCGAGGGUGAACCCACAAACCCCCGGAGGGCGAUGCAUCACGCAAAAUCACCCACUAGAACACAGGAAAACAGAAGAAGAAUAAAAACACAGGGUGAAAAUAAGGAAGAAGGUGUGAAAACGACAGAUUCGAAGGAAAUAUUUGUGGAGUUUAUUUUUUGUGUAUAUUUUUUAAUCUCAUGAUUCAACAGGGGGUUGGAAAAGCUAUUGUGUGUGUGUUCGUGAGAGUGUGUGUUUUCCCUAGGGGUUUGGAAAAGGAAGUGUUUAGGUUAUUGUGUACAUGUGUAAGGGACGUGAAGUAAGGGAUGUGAAGUAAUGUAGUGGAUGGGUGUGUGCGCACGCAUGCUUGGUGGGAAUCAUGAGUUGUGCGUGUUAGUGUGCUUUUCUCCCCCUGUCUGUGUUUUCAUUAACCCUACGUUGUGAGACGAACACGCCAGAUGCUUGCUGCUCAGUUUUCACCCCGUGCCCCAGACCAAGAGCUGGAGCCUGUAAAGAUAUGCAUGCAUUUAUUUUAACAAGAGUGGUGGUAUGAGUGAUGAGUGUGUGUUGAUUAACACUCGGAACAUUGCCCAGUUCCAAACAGACCCAUAGUCCUAACUCCUAGGCACUUGUGUAUAUCUGAAAGGUGUGGAUAGGUGUAAGCAAUAUGGUGAAAAUUCUUCCUGCCUGUCAGAGGGAAAGGUGGAGCUAUUUCCAUUUUAGUAAUACCUAUUCAAUAAUUUCAGAUACACUUGGUUAGUGCUUAGAGGGGUAAGAAUGAGGGGCCUAUUUGAGAUUGGGCACUUGUGUUGGCCCUUUUUGCAGAUCAAAGCUAAUUUUCCCAAAAUGCACUGCCAGCCACUGGAACAUUGCUCAAAAAUCUCCUGAGAAAGAUAAAUAAUUAUUGACAAAGGAGAAGUUUGUUUGGGCUCGGAAACUAUUUCUCUAUUGCAGGUUGUUCAUUCAAAUUCCUCCUAACUUCGAGACUAUUUUUUCCAAGCGCCCCUCUGUCUUUCAAUCAUCACAGUUGUCUAUGAAUUAACAACAUGCAGAGCACUGGAGUCCUGUUUCAGUAUGGCAAAGUGUCAGGCUGGAGUAAUAGUGUUAUUAAAUAUGUUGGAUUCCU